UUUCCGCAAGUGGUAAAUAAAAUAAACAAAGUCUGGUUAAUUUCACAGUGUGAUUUCAGGACAUCUUCAGUAAUAAUGGGAAUCCAAGGACUAUCAAAACUACUUGGGGACUGUGCUCCAGGCAGCAUGAAGGAGAGUGAAAUUAAAAAUUAUUUUGGCAGAAAGGUCGCUAUUGAUGCAUCAAUGAGCAUUUACCAGUUUCUUAUUGCCGUCCGACAAGAUGGCUCACAACUUAUGAAUGAGGAAGGGGAGACAACUAGCCAUCUGAUGGGAAUGUUUUACCGGACAAUACGAAUGGUGGAAAAUGGAAUCAAGCCAGUUUACGUUUUUGAUGGGAAGCCGCCUGACAUGAAAUCGGGGGAGUUAGCAAAGCGGACUGAGAGGCGUGAAGAAGCUCAGAAGGAACUGGAGAAAGCAGAAGAAGCAGGUGACACUGAAAAUGUGGACAAGUUUAACCGCCGGCUGGUAAAAGUUACCAGACAACACAAUGACGACUGCAAGAAGCUGCUUGGUCUGAUGGGUAUUCCGUACGUCGAGGCCCCCUGUGAAGCAGAAGCUCAGUGUGCCGCUUUAGCAAAAGCUGGUAAAGUUUUUGCUGCGGGAACGGAGGACAUGGAUGCACUGACUUUCGGGUCUUCUGUUUUACUGCGACAUCUCACAUUCAGUGAGGCAAGAAAGAUGCCCAUUAAGGAGAUCCACCUGAACAAGGUUUUAGAAGAGUUGGAACUCAGUCAGGAAGAGUUUAUAGAUUUGUGUAUACUACUUGGCUGCGAUUACUGUGACUCGAUUCGUGGAAUUGGCCCAAAACGUGCCAUUGAGCUGAUAAAACAACACAAAACCAUAGAUGGGGUUCUCCAGCACAUUGAUAAAAAGAAAUACACAAUUCCUGAAAACUGGAUGUAUAAGGAAGCAAGAGAACUAUUUAAAAGUCCUGAUAUUAAAGACCCAAUAGACAUUGAGCUAAAGUGGACAGACCCGGAUGAAGAGAACUUGGUGGAAUACAUGUGUAAACAAAAGGCAUUUAGUGAAGACCGAAUUAGGAACGGAAUCAAGAAACUUACAAAAGCGAAACAAGGAACCACACAAGGGAGAAUGGAUUCAUUUUUUUCUAUCGUCUCCACAUCUUCGUCUUCAUUAAAAAGAAAGGCUGAACCACAAAAGGGCAGUGCCAAAAAGAAAGCCAAAGGAGGUUCAUCCAAACGGGGGAAGUGAAAUGGUAGCUGUCAAAGGAUAUUUUAAGAAACAGAAAAUUUGGAACAAAGAUGAUGUGAAUGAACUGGCUAUAUUCUAGCAUGAAAACACUGUACAAUGCUACUUGCUAUCACCAUCAAAUGAGUUCAUCUUGUUUUACGGAAGAGGCAUCAUUUAAGAUUUUAAUGCUUUUAGUAAUAUAAUCACUCACGCAACCAGUCACCUGUUUUAACAGAUCCACUUAGUGUUCACCCUGGUUGGUUUAUGUAGUACUUGCAUUAAGCAGGGGCCUAAUUCACUAAACUCUCACAACUUUGAGAUUUACAGCACUGAAAGACUUGCACGGACAACGUAAUUUUCUUAAAGAGAUCUUUGUAAAUUAGGCCCUAGCCGCGUAUCUGACGAAGCCACAUCAAUAUCAGCAGGGCUUGUAGAUUAUGGUAGCUCCACUCCCAUGGCUAGUGAUAUUCGAUGUUGGGCUAGUAAAUAACUGCUAUUGCCAUGCCAGACUGCUAGUGGAAAAAAAAAGAAGUCAAAUGUUGCAGUUAAGUCGAU